AUGCAAUUGCUGACAAGUACAAGUGCAGCAGUUUAAUCAUGCAAUCAGCCACAAAGUGACAAACAAACACUUAUUAAUAAACCGCAACAACAAUAGUAAUAGUCGCAGACGGGUAUCUCAACCGCAGUCAAGCGCGAUAUCAAGCGAUGCGUUGCGUAAUCAUGGCACCCACGAACAAAGCGUCAUUUGUUCGACCACCGCGCAGCAAUGAAGACGGCAAUGGGACGUGCGACGUUAAUUGGAUUUUGUGUGGCGCUGAUUCUAAGUGGGGCAAGUGCGGGCAAUGUGCUCGCCAUAUUCCCGCACUUUGGCUACAGCCACUUUAAGGUGGUGCUACCCAUUCUCAACGAGCUGUCGCAGCGGGGUCACCGGCUGACGGUCAUUUCGUAUGUGCGACAUCCCCAGGCAGCGCAGCUGCCAAAUUACGAAGAGCUGCUGAUUUCCGACGCAAACGAGGAUCAGUCGAAUACCACAAUCAACGUGGUGCCGCUGUCGGAGCACACGCCCACACGCUCGCUGUGGGAGCUCCUGAAGGAGUACUACGAGCUCUAUAUCAACGGGCAGAUCUCCUGUGAGAGCCUCUUCCAGAGUGGCCAUGUUGAGACUAUCUUGGAGCGCCAUAAACAGCAGCCCUACGAUCUGCUGCUCACGGAGUACUUCAGCACGGACUGCCAGCUGGCAGUUGCGCAGCUGCUGAAGCUGCCCAUCAUUGGGAUUAGCACUUGUGCACUGAUGCCCUACUACUACGACCGCAUCGAUCUGCCCGAUACGCCGUCCUAUGUCCAGUCCGAGUUCGUCGGCUUCCCCCGACCUCUGCAGUGGCGCGAUCGCCUCCUGAACUUCUUCCAGGCCAAGCUGCUGAAGCUCAUCUACAGGCUGCACACGAAUCGGGCGGACAAUGCGCUGAUCAAGCGCCAUCUCGACAUCGAUGUGGAUGUGGAUGCUGUGGCUCGUGCCCAGACGGCAUUCAUCCUGGGAAACCAGCACUACUCACACAUGGGCAGUCGCCCGCGCACUCAGCAAUUCCUGGAGGUGGGCGGCGUGCACAUCACGAGCAAGGACGAGCAGCAGCUGAGCCCGCUCAUUGUCCAGUUCCUGGAGCAGUCCAAGCAGGGCGUCAUCUUCAUCAGCUGGGGCUCCAUGGUGCGCGCCUCCAGCAUCGAUGCCGAGAAACUGGACGCGAUUAUCGAGGUGCUGCAGCAGCAGCCCCUAAACGUAAUCUGGAAAUGGGAAUCUUCGGAGCCGCCCAAGCCCCAACUGGAUGCCAGCAAGUUUCUGUUUGUGAAAUGGGCGCCGCAGCUGGCGCUGCUCUGCCAGCCGAAGGUGCGUCUAUUCUGGGCGCACGCCGGUCUGCUGGGACUCACCGAGGCGCUGCACUGCGGCAAGCCGAUGCUCAUGACGCCCAUCUAUGGCGAUCAGUUUCUGAAUGCCUAUGCGGCCCAGGAUCGCGGCAUCGGCCUCAAGCUGGACUAUCUGGACAUCAAUGUGGAAAUGCUGCAGGAGUCGCUGAAUGAGCUAAGCAAGCCCAGCUACGCCUCACGUGCCGCGCAGCUAGCGCAGAUCUUCAAUCAGCGCGAGCGCACGCCGCUCGAGACGGCCAUUUGGAGCGUGGAGCACGUGAUGCAGCAUGGCAUGUUUGCAGUCGAGCUACUGCAAUCGCCGGGCAUCGAGCUCAACUGGUUUAUCUACCACUCGCUGGACAGUUUGGCUGUCAUCUUGGUGGUGGUGCUGCUGCUGCUCAUCGCCAGCUGGCGUGCCCUGACACGAGGCCAGACGCCGCGGAAGCCGCCCAAGUCCAAGAAGGCCAAAAAGUCUUAGUUCUCAGGGAAUUUCAAUAGAUGU